CCAACGUUGAAACAACCCGUACCCAAGAGACCCUUCAAAUCCCCGAUCUACUGCGCAUGCGCACAUCCAAGUAAAUAUAACCCCCUACCACCCUGCCAAUUGUCCAAGAAAAUCCAAGAGAAGAAAUAAAAGUCGUGGAACAAUCGAGGGAAGGAAGAGGGAAGAAAUAAAAGAUCAGGUUUAAGAACCAAGUGAAUAGUGCAGACAUUAAAACCCACGGUGUGCAGACUCGUGGGAACAGUGCAGCAGUGAAGAAGCCCGAGUGUUCCCUUCCCCCACCUUGGAAAGCUAGCCAGCCACAAGCUUGAAUGGACGGUAGGAUGACCACUGGUCGAAUUUCCUGAGGAAGAAAUCCGAGGCGAAGCCCCGAAGAAUUAUUCGAUAUAACCUAUAAAAAUCCAGGGCGAUAGCCGCACCUCUAAGAUUCCUCUAUUUCUUGGCACUUAAUCGUUGGGCACAAGUGAGCGAAUAAAUCCCCACCGUGAGGAUUGGAAAAAGGCAAGAGUUGAGCGUGGAAAGAGGAGAAAAAUUCCACGGGGGCAAAUCACAUACACAUACUCAGAGUCUUAAGGUUCGACGCCACUGGCUACUCGCAUACCUGGGACGUGCGAGUGAGAUAAACUCAUCCUACCAUCCAAACUGUUUUCCUCCCCUCCUUGGUUGAAGAAGAAAAAGGAAGAGGCUAAAUGCUCGUGAGGUAUGAAGAAAACUGGUGGGGACUAGUGUACAGCAAACUGGAGGAGCAACUGGAUAAAACAGUGGUGGGAGUUUAAAGUCCCUGAGAGAGACGGAGAAGUUUCAAUCGCAGGUAUUGGUGUGUUAAAGUUGUGUAUCGGUUUUUCAAUAAAAUAAAAGAAUCUAGAGGAAGGAGAAGUGGAGAAAGGUGAGGACAGAGAGAGCAUAGGAAAAUACAAGAGAAUAGAAUAGUGUGUGUCCCUCUCUGAUGGUAGAAGACAAGUCAGCCAUAAUGGAGUAAGAAAUAUCCGUGAGGCGGCUACAGCUGCUGUGAAAUCGUGAUCAAGGGGGAUAUUUAGCAAUAGUAUUGGGACACGAUUUACCGCGGAUCUAAUGGUCUCAGCGGAACGUUAACAGUUAGAGGACUUGAUGAAAAAAAUCAACACUCAAGUGUUAGUUAUUCACAAGUUUAUUAUAUAAGUGUUUUUGUGAUGAAGAUGAUGCGGAUGCUUCACGUGGCUCCAUAAUCUCUGUAAUCUACCUAAGUACCCCCGAUGGUCAACGAACCGUUGAGAAAGAAGAAAUAGUUGGAGCAUUGUUUUGAGUAUCUCGAUGAAGAUGAGAGGAUCAAGCCAGGAUACAGCGACGCCGUACUGUCGUUGUCGAGUGCUGUAUCUGGGCAGUUCAGUGCCCCAUGCCAGCAAAGAAGGUCUUCUAGGUGUUCAAGAGCCCCUCCGUGAACUAUAUCCUGAACAAGGUGCAUUAGGUGCACGUGGCAUAGACUCCUGGCUCAGUGUUUGGUCAAAUGGUCUUCUCCUGGAGAAUGUUGAUGAGCAUCGGAAGAAAGUCACCCGUUUCUUUCCAAUUGAGGCCCUCCACUAUUGCGCUGCAGUGCGUCAUGUCAAAGGCGGCAACAGCGACACAUCGAGCGCUCGUUUCCUUCCACUCGAUUCACCAUUCGCAAGGAAUCCAUCGGCAAAUCACCCACCCCUAUUUGCUGCUGUACUCCGUCGUACAACGGGAAUCAAAGUGCUUGAGUGCCACGCCUUCAUAUGUAAACGUGACAUGGCGGCCAACGCCCUCGUAAGAUGCUGUUUUCAUGCUUAUGCUGACAGUAGUUAUGCUAAAGGUCUUGAUCCAAAUACAGCAACGAUCAUUAGUAAUGGCACAUCGCCAGGACCCCAUCCUACUAAUGGCAUGUCCAACGGUAGUUUAUAUCACACAUUGGGUGGUUCCAGUACAACUCUCGACAAUAACAGUCCACCAGGUACACGUUUGGAUGCAGCGUCCAACGAUGACAUUAGUCUCUACAAUGGAGAUGAGAAUCACAAAGUCUGGGCCAAGGGCAGGGACGAGGUGGAUGCUGUUUACCAGGAGCAGGGCACACUGAGAAGCACCAGGGGAUCAAGACCGAGGCAACUGGUGGCACCUCCACCACCCCCACCACCUCCUCCACCUCCACCCCAAUCUCAACCCCUCAUGUCGGAAGAGUCGACGUCAUCAGCCCGGAGAAAAACCAGCAAGAAACUCAAGAAAAUCAAGAAUCGCCAUGAAGAUCAGAUCAUACCGCAUCCCCAGAUGCAUCCGCAGAUGCAUCCACAGGCAAUCUACACCAAUGGUCAUGGUCAUCAUACUCUUGGUCAUCCGAUAAGACAGCAGCACUUCCACCAGAUGCCACCAACCAGUCGAUCAGUUGCCGGGACUCUAGCUAGACCUGCACCAGUUCUUCUAGUUCCCGCUGCAACUCUUCCCCGAAAAGCGCAUCAUCAUCAUCGCGGAAUGAGACCGAUUCCUGCAGCUGCACCUAUUGUUCCGAUCUAUGCUCCUCUUCCAGUAGUGCCUCCACCACCUGCAGCGCUUUAUCAACCGACUUAUGGAACUGCUGGCAACCGAGGCCGAAGGCAACAUCCACAGGAGGUGGACACCUCGACACUGGGGGCUAAUCGAAGACUCGCAGCUUCUCAUGCAGAUCUUACGGCAGCCGAUGGGGCGGCUGAAAGUCCCGAUGGUGAUUCCCGAUUUGGCACUGGCAUCUACAGGCGCAAAGGUCAUCUCAAUGAGAGAGCCUUCUCUUACAGCAUUCGGGCUGAGCAUCGCAGCAGGAGUCAUGGGAGUUUAGCAUCCCUGGGAUUCAGUCCUCAGAAUGGCAAUGGUCAUCCUCCACAUCCUAAAGAGGAGAAGAAAGAUCGAGAAUUCGCGCAGAUGCUCGCUGAACUCGGUCUUGAUGAUCACGAGAGGGCACAGUACGCAAGGAAUAAUCAUCAUGCACCACAGCCGUUGCCCAGACCACGUCGAUAAAUUGAUUGAAUCGAUUAUAAUCGCUGGCCUUUCUCGACUAAUACUCAUGGAUAUGAUAAUUGGAUUAACGGAGAUAUUGUAAUUUAUGAAAGAAGGGGAGAAGAGGGCGAUUGUUUGAUCAUUUGGCGUUGGAAAUUCGUGGAGAUCAUUGAUCGGUUGUUCGGCCGUUUCUUUAUUUUCUUCUCGUUCUUUUAAUUUCUCAUGGUAGAUUCAAUGACCUUCCGAGCUAAGUGCCAAUUAGUCAGGAGUAAUUGUCCUUGCAGGAUACAGCGUCACGCUGUAGGAGUUUGUUUAGAGAAACGCUGUCCUUGAUGCAGAAGGAUUAAUGAUGAAAGUGCGAUAUUUUUUGGUGUUCCAGGGAGUUCUGUUUGCGCAGAUGGUUACGCGUGCUUUCAAAAUGCUUGCUCUUUCGGUGUCACAUCGUCUCGCGUAUUGGCCUGAAUACCUGCGAUUGAGGCGCGCUGGUAAUGCCUUCAGGCAAGAGAGAUUGUCCACGUGUAUAACGAGGAAUCGGUAAUUAGCAUUCAAACUGUCCUAACUUAACCAGUCACAUAAAAAAUGCGUGUGUCGCAAUGCAAACGGUUAUGGCUACAAGAAUUUUUUAGUCUCAGGUGCGCCAACCCGGAAAUGAGUCUCUUGACCUGGUAUUUUUCUGGCUUAUAAUAGCUUGUUAAAUCAUUAGAAAUCAUUGUUUCUAACGUUUCAAUAUUUUUCAAUUGCACCGGGAAAAAAUGCUAUGGUAUUCACAGAACUCGGAAGAAACUGCAGUUCAAUUUCUUUUCGUAGCCCAUAAAAUGCGAUACAAAAUUGGUUUCUGGUGCAUUUACUUUACCUUGCGAUAUUGCAAAAACAAAUUCAUAAGUUAAUGACUUUUUUUUCGUUUUAGGUCAAUUUCCUAGGGUUCACGCGUCUUUAAAAAUUCUACAAUGCAUGCAAUUGAUUGAUUAAUUAUCAAUUGUUCGGUCUAGGAUGAAUAUUUUUAACUUGAUUUUCACGUUUGUGAGAUUGAAAUGAAAAUGCCGAGAUUUUUAGUUACGUCAUGACCGGGAUAAUAGAGAUGAUGACAAUCGGAUGCGCUUGCAAUCCUCAUAUAAUUUAUCCUCAAUUGCAUCAAGGUCAACCUGUUUAUAUUUAGUGAUUACAUUAAGUCAUUAAUAAACAUCUUUUUUUAGCGGUUUGUUUUGAUUUUAUGCCGGAGUGAGGAGAAAACGGAUUUCUGCCCGCAUGGAAUAGUCUAACGGUAAAAAAAAACCUCGUUUCCAGCUCAUCGAAUUUUCGUACGCCAAAUGUGUCACACUCUUUUCUUCUCGGUAUUAAAAUACGGGAAAAAUGCUGUUUACGGUAGAAGGAAAUUGCCCGUAUCUCGUGGUAGAUAAUUUUCUCGAGUUCAACAGAGCCAUUUUAAUAUUAUAAAUGUUUUCGAAAAGACAGGAAAUUUUCAAUUUAUGUUUUUCAUUUCCAGUGUCUUAACGCGAAUUCACGUUGAAACGAAUAUGUUAUAUAAUAUGAUAAUUUUAAUUGUACACUAAUAUUUUCAAUAUCUUUUUUAUCGUCGCGACUGUAGGGAGAGUUUGGGGCUUGAUUUACUAAAUUAAUAACGAAUUAACAAAAUCAGAUAGCGAUUCGCUUGGAAGUGAUGGAAGUGAUGGCAAUUGCAAUUACAAUCAAUGUCAUUUUUUUUCCUCUAAUUUCAUUGUUCAUUCUGUGGGAAAUGAAUCUAGCCUCAAUACCACUAUAUCUAAUGAGAUAUUUAAAGAGUAGGAAGUAGUUUGGAGUAACCGGAAGCCAACGGAAAUCAGUGCAGGACUGAUCGAUGUCGAUAGUUUGAUUUUUUUUUUUUUUCAUAUUUUUUUGUAUCGUGGGUGCAUGAUGCAUUCGAUUUGGAUUUCUAUGUCUUCCGUGUAUUAAUUUUGGUCAAUGUGUGUGAGUGUUACGCAACAAUGAACGGUCAGUAUGCAAUACGAAGGCAGCAUUCAAGGAUAUCGAAUUACCCCCCUUUGACGAACUCAUAAUGAGGAUUUAUUUUGCUGCCAGUACGCAUUAUCGUAUACGCAUCUUAAAUGACGAUAGACGAGCGUAAUGCAUUAAACAUUGACGAUCAUGUGCCGUGAAUUUUUAUUGUGUGAAAAACGCAUUAUUUCAUUUGCAAACAUAAGGAAUUAGAAAUUACUCCGUGGGGAGAUGAUGAAAGGGGAGAAUUAUUUUGUUUUCUUGUGAUCUAGUUACGAUUGUUUCAACUCGUGGUAUGAAAUUUCAGGACAUCUUGUUCAGUUUCUCAUCGAAAAUUAGGAAUCAAUUGAAAUUUAUUAGUUUUUAUUUCACUAUUUAACGUCGGUAGGAAAGUUUUUAAAUAUAUUCAUGUGAAGAGUCUUGUAAAUUUAUCACUGAUUGGAAAUUUGAAAUUUAUUCCCAAGGUUUGGGAAAUCAUCGAUUUGUCUGUCGAUUGUUAUAACGUGGGAAUUCUCUUGAUUUUUUCCACUCAAGCUUGAUCUUAAUAAGUUAUUGCCCAGAUCGUCUCAUAUUUCAUGCUUUAUUAAUUAUUGAGAAACCCUGAAUCAGAUUGGCGUUACAAAAAAUGUUUCGUUCAUAGAUUCUAUCAUUAUUCAAUGAUCCAUAAAUUUUAGUAAUUAUGCAUUUAUUCCUCCAAAUUCUUCAUGAGACUAAUAAUAAAAAUGAAGACCGGUAUAUUCCACGUCAAUUUUAGCGACCGUUUGUCAAAAAUUUGUAACUUAAAAAAUGAGACGAUAUCGGCAAAGAUAUUUUUGUAAAUGAAAAGAUCUGACAUUUUUCACAAGAAACUACUCGCCAUCUGAACAAUUAUCCCAGUAACGGAUUCACUCCCACUGAUAAUUAAAAAAAAAAAUUA